ACAAUUAAAAUAGCAAAAUAUUACCAUCACAUCUAGAAGGCCUUGAUAUUUUGGAAACGUAAACGUAUACACCAUCUGGAACAGUUGUUGUUCGCAUCUGCUUAUCGAUUGUUUAUUUUCUGAUAUGAAGGAGACAAAUUUUGUGUGAAAAGCUUCGAUUCCAAAUUGCAAGACCGAAGUAGAUAGUGUUGCCAACGGGAAAAUAAAAAAUGCCACCGAAAAAACCGGGCAAAAAGGUUACGAUUCAAUUGCGCCCGUUGCAGCGUGCACGAGGCUCCUCCUUCGAACAGGACCCUGCCGCAGGACCAUCGUCUGGCGCACCCGUCAAAGCAGUUCUAAAGAAAUCGCGCUACAAAAUCUAUGAAAUACCGCGCAAGUCCGAGUUUUCCGAGUAUCUCUUAAAGCUACGGCGCGAACAGGAGCGGCUAGAGCAGGAUGAUGCAGAUCUGCGAGUUGAACCACCGGCGCACGAAGCUGCGGGCCCAAGCCGGCAGGCGGAAGCACGGCCAAAGUUGAUAAUGUUCGACAAUCCCAUCAGCCCGGUCAGGCAGGGCAGUGUCGUUGAGUAUCGGCCGAAGGAGCGCCACCCGUUCAAGGAGCUCGUUAGUAACUAUCUGCGACGAAGCUCGCAUCCAAAGCAGCUGCUCGCUCUGUACAAAAUACCGGUGGUGAAAAAUUGGGAGCAAGUGAUCGAAGAUUCGCUGCGCAAGAUGGCGGCCGAACGAUCGACCCGGGGGGAACAGUGGAAGCAGCCGCGGCUGCAGUGGUUAGAUGAUUUGGAGGAAGCAAAUCGCCAGCUACCGGAACCGACCCGCAGGCGGAGGAAUAUGUUUGAUCCUUCCAUCUGCUGCUUUCUGGCGUGGUUUGGAGGUCGUCGCCGUCGUCGACGCCGCGGUCAGCGCUGGUCGGAUGCUUAAGCUGCAC